GGUCCUCGGUGCCCGGGACUUCCGGGGGUGGUGGGGGCGAUGCCGCCGUUCGGGUCGGGGCUCCUGCUGCUGACGGCUCCUCUGGCAGCGCUGCCCGGGCGGGCGGCGGCGGCGCUGGCGGCGGCGGCGGCGGAGGUGUCGGGGCCGCUGUACGUGGUCCUGCAUCCGGGGCUGCGCCUCCCGGCGGCCGCUCCGGCCCCGCCGCCCGCCGGCCCCGCUCUGCUGCGGGCUCUGGCCGCGCUCUACGCGGCCGCGGCGCGGAGCGGGUUGGACGUGCGCGUCCUGCUGGGGCCCGGCCGCAGCCUGGCCCGGCCGCCCCGGGUGCUGCUGCUCCCGGCCAGCGAGGCGCGGGGGGCACCGGGCCCGGUGCGGGCCGCGCUGCAGAGCUUGGCUGCCGCCGCCUACGGCUGCGCCCCGGACCUGCCCGCGCUGCUGCUGCCGGACCCCGAGGGGGACCCCGAUGGGGACCCCGAGUGCGGCCCCGAUGCGGCACUUCCAGGGUUCUCCGGCGUGGCCGUCGGGGGAACCUUCGACCGCCUUCACGGAGCCCACCGGCUGCUGCUCAGCACCUGCUGCCUCCUGGCCCGAGAGCGGCUCCUGGCGGGGGUGGCCGAUGGGGACCUGCUCCGCCACAAGGUCCUGAUGGAGCUGAUCGAGCCCUACGAGCUGCGGGUGGCCAAGCUGCGCGAGUUCCUGGAGGACGUGAAGCCGUCGCUGCGCUACGACAUCGUGCGGCUCACCGACCCCUACGGCCCCAGCGUCACCGACCCCGACCUGCAGUGCCUGGUGGUCAGCCAGGAGACCCGCCGGGGAGGGGAGGCCGUCAACAAGCAGAGACUUGACAAUGGGCUCCCCGCACUGACUCUCUAUGAGAUCUUCCUGAUGCAGGACCCCGACCACAGCGAGAACGAGGAGGAGAAGAUCAGCUCCUCCAGCCUGCGGCACCGGCUGCUGGGGACACUGCUGCAGCCCCCACGGCAAGACCCUGCGCUGCCUUCACGCCCGUACGUGAUCGGCCUGACCGGAGGAACCGGGAGUGGGAAAACGUCCAUCGCCAGGCUCCUGGGGGGGCUGGGAGCAUUCGUCAUCGAUGCUGACAAGCUUGGCCAUGCUGUCUAUGUCCCGGGGGGCCCUGCCUACAAGCAGGUGGUGGCCACCUUUGGUGCAGAAAUCCUCCACGAAGAUGGGACAAUCAACAGGGAAGUCCUUGGGGCCAAAGUGUUUGGAAACCAGGAGCAGCUCAAGAGCCUCACAGACAUCGUGUGGCCUGAGAUCGCCCGGCUGGUGAAGGAGCAGAUCCGGGAGGCAGGAGCUCAAGGGAAGGCCGUGUGUGUGCUGGACGCUGCCGUGCUGCUGGAGGCUGGAUGGCAGGACAUGGUCCAUGAGGUGUGGACGGCCGUGAUCCCGGAGGACGAGGCCGUGCGGCGAGUGCAGGCUCGGGACGGGCUGAGCGCGGAGGCCGCUCGGAACCGGCUGCGGAGCCAGAUGAGCAGCAGGCAGCGAGUGCAGCAGGCGCAGGUGGUGCUGUGCACGCUGUGGGAGCCGGAGGUCACCCGCAGGCAGGUGGAGAAGGCCUGGGAGCUGCUGCAGCAGCGCCUGCCCCGUGCGGACCGGUCCUGAGGGCUCCGCUGCUGCUGCCGGAGCACGGAGCCUGCACCGGAGGGGCCCGGCCCGGCCCCGCCGCCAGGGGGCGCUCUCCCCCCCCCCGGCCCCGUUCCCAGUAAAGGAGGAGGCCGCUCCCUCCCUCCGCUCGCUGCC